UGGGGUCAAGCAGAAUACCAUAUGUAAGAAGCAACAUUUUACGCAGUUGCCAGUAACACAUUCGUGAACAUGAACAUCAGCUUCGAGGGGAAACGUAUUCUGGUAACAGGUGCUGGACAAGGCAUCGGAAAAGAAUUGGUUUUUCGUCUCGCCGACUAUGGAGCAGAGGUAAUAGCAUUGUCGAAGACAGAAAAGAAUUUAGACGAUCUACGCACACGAGAUCGGCGUAUUAAGACCAUUUGCGUGGAUCUCUGCGAUUGGGAAGCCACUAAGAAUGCCGUUGAAAAUGUAUUGCCCAUCGAUCUUUUGGUGAACAACGCAGGAGUAGCGUGUCUAAAUUCCUUCUUCGACGCCACACCGGAGGAUUUCGACCAGACUUUUGCUGUGAACGUGAAAGCCAUUCUGAAUGUCUCUCAAGUUGUCGCGAAAGAUAUGAUCCGAAGAAAAGUCGGUGGUAGUAUCGUGAAUCUUUCUUCUCAAGCUAGCCAGGCGGCUUUGAAAGAUCACGCUGUAUACUGCGCCUCGAAAGGAGCAGUGGACAUGUUAAGCAAAACAAUGGCCCUUGAACUUGGUCCAUACAAUAUUCGUGUGAAUACCGUGAAUCCUACGGUAAUCAUGACAGAAAUGGGAAAGCUAGGCUGGAGUAAACCAGGGAAAGCACAUUCCAUGUUGAGUAAAAUACCGUUGGGUCGAUUCGGCGAAGUGUCCGAGGUGAUCGAUGCGAUAGUAUUUCUAUUAAGCGAUCGUAGCUCGAUGAUUAACGGAGCCACUUUGCCGGUGGAUGGUGGAUUUUUGGCAACAUAAAUAAUCGCUAAAAACAACGUGCCUCGAAUGACGUGGCUAAAUGGUACAACUAUGCACACAACUGUCAAAGACGAUAAUAUUUAAAUAAUA